AUGUCCUCGGAACGUUGGUGUUCUUCCUAUAUCGAAUCCUCUUCAUGCUACCAAUACAAACGCAUACAUACCAAGUUUGGUGAAAUUCGGAUAAGAAAUAAGAAAGUUGGUAUAAGUGAAGAUAAAUUAACAACAUUAGAAACUAAACUUAUUGAUAAUAGUGAAAUACAAAAACAAAUAGUUGGUAUUAAACAACAAUUACUUAAUGUAGUAGAUAAAACUCAAUUAGAAAAUUUAAAAUCAUUAAUAUCUAAAUUACAUGAUAAGAUAACAAAACAAAAAAUAGAUCUUAAACAGCUAAUAGAUAAUAUUAUUCCAGGCAUGAAUGAAGAUGAAUUAGCCGCAUUAGAAACCAAACUCAAUGAUAAUAGUGAAAUAGUCGCCAUUCAACAACAAUUAGACAAUCUAGUAGAUAAAACUCAGAAAGUUUAA